GGUUCCUGCAUGCGCCCCCGAUAGAUCCGCUCUGCGAUAUCCGUCUUCGGCGCGGCUGGUACAGAUUCACCAGUCUGGCUGGCGGAGAUAUGCCGACGACCUGUCAAGAGACGAAUAGGUGCGGCACUACUAAACCCAUCUGGAUCGUUGGGCCAAACCCCAGAUUUGAAG